UCCGAAAACAUGGCUGCGCCCCAGAGCGACACGCAGAUUGUCCCCGCGAAGAAAACUGCCGCGCGAGGGCCACGACGGGUAGCUAAUCAAAUUCCGGAUGAAAUCCUCCAAGAUCCUGAGUUACAGGAGGCCAUCCGAGCCUUGCCUGCUAAUUACAACUUUGAGAUCCACAAGACAGUGUGGCGGGUGCGAGAAGCAAACUCCAAAAGAGUUGCGUUGCAGCUUCCAGAGGGCCUGCAGAUGUUUGCCUGUGUCAUUGCAGAUAUCAUUGAAAGGUUCACUGAGGCGGACACCAUUGUGAUGGGGGACGUGACGUAUGGGGCCUGUUGCAUAGACGACUUCACUGCCCGAGCACUUGGAGCUGACUUCAUGGUGCACUAUGGCCACAGCUGUCUCGUUCCCAUCGACUCCACAGCCGGCAUUAAGAUGCUGUACGUGUUUGUGGAUAUCCAGAUGGACAACGCACACUUCCUGGACACGGUCAAGUUUAACUUCCCCCGCGGACACACACUGGCACUUGUCAGCACCAUUCAGUUUGUGGCCGCGCUGCAGGCUGUGAGCGCUGCGUUGAAAUCAGAGUAUGAAGUGGUGGUCCCCCAGUGUCGGCCCCUGUCACCAGGAGAGAUCUUGGGCUGUACUUCACCUCAUUUGGAUCCUCACGUCAACGCCAUCAUUUACCUGGGAGAUGGACGAUUCCACCUGGAGUCAAUCAUGAUCGCCAACCCAGAUAUACCUGCCUACAGAUAUGACCCCUACAGUAAGGUGUUCUCCAGAGAGUACUAUGACCACAAGGCAAUGCGGGCCAUAAGGCUGCAGGCUAUUGACAAGGCCCGUUCAGCCCAGAGAUGGGGCCUAAUCUUGGGCACCCUGGGCCGGCAAGGCAGCCCCAAAGUCCUGGAGCACCUGGAGUCUCGUCUUGAGUCAUCAGGGAAGUGCUUCUCUCGGGUUCUGCUCUCUGAGAUUUUCCCCAGCAAGCUGGAUUUGAUGCCAGAUGUGGAUGCGUGGGUCCAGAUCGCUUGUCCACGUCUCUCUAUUGAUUGGGGCUCAGCUUUCUCCAAACCCCUGCUGUCUCCAUAUGAGGCAGCCGUGGCUCUGCAGCAGGUGGGCUGGCAGGAGGUGUAUCCCAUGGACUUCUAUUCCAAUCAGAGCCUGGGGCCAUGGGCGCCGAACCACCCAGACAACCAACCGGCGCGGGCUGCCCGCAGACAGAAUCAGAAACGUGGCUCCGGGCCAACGCCUCCCACCAAACAGUGCGGACAGAACCAGUGCGCCCCCUGUGGCUGUCAGGGGGAAUGACGUGUGAGCCACUGCAACCGCUGUGUUUGACCCACUUCUCACACCAGAAUCUUAGUCAUGGUUGAUCUCUGGAGCGAGGCCAGGCCAAACCAAGACAGAGGAGCGGCGUUGUCUCACAGUCUCCCAGGAGGUCAAACGUGAGAGACGGGAGUCUCGGCCUCUCCGAAAAUGGGUUACCACUAUUAAGUACCCCGACACCGCACAGCACGACGUAUAUAACCAAAUUAAUUUCUUUAGAUUCUUUAAUUUCUUUGGAUGUGUGUUGAACUCAUCACCCGCUGGAUGAAGCACCGAGAGAGAAUUUCCUCUUGGUGAAGGCGUGUGCACUUGUGUGAAACUGCCGUCCGUUUCUAUGGAGGAAGUAUUGUUUACCGUACAAGUAACAAAUGUGUUCUCUCUGCACGGGGAAAUAUCUGAGCGCUGCAUUGUUGGGGAGACAUUCUUGCUAAGCCUGGUAUGUGGUUGGCGAGAGCUAGCGAGAUGACUCUGUGCAGGUUCUGUGGAGCGAAAGUGUCUGAGUAGGUUUAAUCAAAUCAAAUCCAUUCAAAUCAAGUUUGGCAGCCACUUUAAAUACCUGCCGUGCUGUAUUCCAAAGAGACACGAUUAUCACUGUUAUUUCGAUAGAGAAUACUACGUAGCUAUGGGACAAAUAUAUAUUUCACUUUGAUGUGCACACACACACACACACAUAAUAUAUAUUUCACCUUUCUAUUUGCACAAUGAAGAAGCCCAAGGUAAAUGAGAAUAACACUGUUUUGUCUUUGCACAUUUUCCCAUAUUUUUCAAUAAAAUUGUGAAA